AAUGCCUGGAGGAAAUAUUAAAUUGAAGUGGCUAAAAGAUACCUUCUCGGUGCUGUUGCCUUUUGAUGCGCCGCCAAUAUUGAUUGAGCAACAUGCACGUGCAUACAUUAUGCACAUGAUCGGUUCAAUAUUAUUUCCAGAUUCGAGUAAAGAUAAAGUGCAUGCCAGGUGGUUACCACUUAUCGGGGACUUGGACACGUGUGGUGCGUUAUCGUGGGGUAGUGCGGUUUUGGCGUACCUAUAUAGAGAGAUGUCUAAGGUUGCAUUCAUGAAAAAUAGUGACCUCAAAGGGUGUCUCAGCUUACUGCAAGUAUGGGCAUGGGAGAGGCUGCAUUUGAAGCCGAGACUAUGCGUGAAUUUACAAUUAGACGGACAAAUUCCACUAGGAUGCAGAUGGAAUGUCCAAAAAUGUUUUGACGAGACCCCGGCGAGACAGUUAGAUUUCUACCGAAAUGAGCUUGACCGCAUGAAGAUUUUUCAGAUGGAAUGGGAGCCCUACACCCCAUUUCUCGAUCAUCUACCCCCGAUAUGCACAGAAUACCCAGUUAUAUGGAGAGCCAGAGUUCCUCUAAUAUGUUUUGAGAUAGUAGAAAUGCAUGUAUCAACAAUAGAUGAUGUUCAAACCAUUGUAAAUCGUGGCCUGGAAUUGGCUCGAGCAGGUACAUAUCCCGAAGCACAGAAUCAUGCAUCAAUAUAUCAGUCGAAAAUGCAGAGGCUUCACCAAGCCUUACAUCGAACUCAUGAAGACCUUCAUGAUGGACUAGAGGGAAUUAACAUAUGA